AUGCCGAAGCGACUGGCGACGUGGCUCUUGAGGGCGCUGAUCGACGCAGGUGGGCCAGCCCGGAACAUGGAGUCGGGCAAGGAUACACCCAAUAGCGAGAGCAUUGGCUUUGGACGGAACGGAAAGGAACGGAAAGGCAAGGACCGAGAUGGUGAUAAGAAGCCGUUGCGAUUUCGAAAGACGGGGCCGCAAGACAUUCGGAGCGGGGAACAGAUCUCCUCGCCCGCCACAGCUUCUUCUGUACCUAAUUGGACUUGGGAGGCCGCAGUUGGCUCGGAGAAGCGCCGUACACAGUAUCACACCUGUGAAAUGCCGGUAAAUCUCUGGGGGGAGGUCCAUCACCUCACGGAUGCGAGAGAGCAAGCAUGGUGCCUGAGUGAGGAUGCCGCCGCUGUCAUGGAGGUACGUAGAAGUAGUCCCACAAGAUUUCCGUCCGAUAAGCGGCCACGUAGAGAUGCUGCUGGUGGGACGUCGGCGUGGCGAGCGGGCAGGCAGGCUACCAAGACCAAAGUUGAGGAUGUUAUACCGAUAGUCCCUGCUGCGACUGCCGGAAUUCAGGAGCAAAAUCUGCUGUGUGAAUGCAUCUCCUCGAUCCUGCUCAGCUCAGCUCAGCUCAGCUCAGCUGACCCCGAUGUCAACAGCCAACCUUCUCUCGAGUCCUCCAGGGCCACCGCCUCGUCUCAAGGGGCUCUCAGCCCUACCGUAUACGUCGAUCUCGAGGUAUAUCGGGACACUAGACGGGAGCAACUUGUACCUGACUUGGGACGACAUGGUGGGACGAAGACCGUUCUCUCGAUAUAG